AUGGCUUGUUGUUUAUGUGCGAAAUAUUUACUUUUAUUUUUCAAUUUAAUUAUAUGGUUAACAGGUGGUGUUUUUCUUAGUUGUGGAAUUCUUGUUUUAUAUAAACGUGAUUUACAUGAAUUAUUUGCACUUUUAUCUUAUGAUUCACAUCUUGUACCAUCAUUUCUUAAUGUUGGUUAUGUAUUAAUUGGUGUUGGUGCACUUGUCUUUAUUGUUGGUUUACUUGGGUGUUGUGGUUCAGUACGUGAAUCUCGACUUUUACUUGGACUUUAUGUCUUUUUUAUUAUACUUGUCAUGGGUGGAGAACUUGUUGUAGCUAUGUAUACAGUACUAUUAGGUGAUGAAUGGGAUACAAGAUUACCCAAUACAUUAAAAAGACGUCUUUUAACAUAUAAUUAUUCAAUACCACAAAGAUUUGAAUUUGAUUUGGAUACUGUUCAUAAACAGUUUACAUGUUGUGGUAUUGAUGGUCCAUCUGAUUUUCAUGCUAAUACUGAUUAUAAAAUAUUUGGUAAUCGUCUUCCAUCAUCGUGUUGUAAUCAUUUAUUAAAUGGUAUUUGUAAUGAUACUGAUUCAUAUCGAUUAGGUUGUUUUCAAAUCAUAAAUGAAUAUAUGCAACUUUAUUCAAGAUUAAUUGUUUUUGUUGGAAUAGGAAUUGCUUUACUUGAAUUAAUUGCAUUAAUUAUGGCUGUAUGUGUAUGUCGAAAUAAAACUGACGAAGAUGAAUUUUAUUAA